AUACUGAGCGGUUUUCCGUCUCAGUUGCUCAGUUCCCUCUCUGGAACAUACCCCGAGGAGACGACGGAGAGGAGUGGAUACGGUACUUAGAUUGCGACGGAUCCUAUAAGACUGUCCUGCGUCCUGAUGCGCCAAAGCAGAACUGCUAUCGAGUUAUACUUGAGCCACAGACCGUCUCAGAGAACGGAUUGGCCGCUUACCAGGCUGUAGCAAAUAGUAUCGACAUGAUUGACGAGUCUACAUGGAUGACUCCCAGUGCAAACCAUCCAAGCCUGGCCAUUUCAUCCGCUAUCACUCGUGGUCUCAUGAUGUAUCACAAUGGCAGCAUUUAUGCGGGACCAGCAGAGCGCUAUCGUUGUGAUACCAGAUCAUUCCACACCUAUGCCGAGAUUCUCUUACGUGCUGCGUCUCCUGCUGGGUUUAUUCUUUCCUUUGCGAAUUCAAAAAAGAAGUUUUAUAACUAUUCUCCAAGUUCCCCCAGUGGCGACCCUACAUAUACCUUCUAUCGAUAUCGAGGUUGUAUCGUGUCAAUUGUGGAGGAUUGCUCAACUCUGGAACGCUUGCACGCCGCCAUUGGGCUCGCCAUUGAACACGCACGAGAAGUAGGGAAAGACGCUUGUACCUUCAUCAUUUUCUCUAUUCAACACAUUGCCGUAGCGGAAGUUAAAGGAGCUGUCUCGAGAACACUGCACGUUUCUCACAGCAAUAUUCAACCAUUCAUGGAGGCGUUUGGAUACGAAACCCUCGAGAAAAGCCUCAGCCUCAUCGCGCAUUAUCUACGCCCGCAUUGCAUAGCUGACAGUGCUAUCAAGUACGUUUUACCCGAAGAGGACUCGAAAAUUCCAAGCUACGCUUCCCUUCCUCUCGACGUCCUUCUCCGUGUAAUGGAACUGGUUGAUUCGAAGACGUAUGAUACAUUCAGCUUGGUUUGCAAGUCUCUACGAAAAGAAUGGUUUCUACAUCCACGAGUCAGUGAUUAUAGGAUAAAUGCCGCCGAGACAUUUGAAAUGGAGAUUUGUAACUACCUCCCUAGAGCAAGACUACACGGGUUUCGGGCGGAUGGAACGGCUACGUCUCUGCUCAUCUUCUAUCCAGUGCAUCGUUUCCAUGAUGAUGACGAUUGCAAAAACCGUAUCAAAUGUCGUUACAACUCCUGCUGCUCAUGCCCUCAUCUGUGCAUUGAAAAGAAAUGCCCAAAGCCUCUCCAACUGCAGGCUCCGCUUGAAAGUAAAGGGAUCUAUCGAAUUGAUGAGACACGCACUGAGCGGCAGGACGGUGAGAGUCUUUACUGGGAGUAUAUUUGGUCGUGGGAGGAGUACAUGCCUGGCCUUGUCCUUAUGGACCCCAACAAUGUUUGCGAGAUCUGUGCCAGACGCUUUGACGUGGAAAAUUUGUAGGAUCACUGGAAACAGCUGAAAUCUCCCGAAGGUCUGAGGGAUUGCCUUUGAUCAACUCUUGGAUUAUUUUCGCCAUCUUUACCUAUAUAAAUGUGUUAAAUUUGAUUAAAUGAAUAAAGG